UCGAGUAAGUAGAAGCAAUCGGAAGGUUCGUUCAACAACGGCGAUGUCGUCCCGUAAGAAGAAGACGAAGAAAAAGUCUCUUGAAUCGACUCCAAAUCCAUCACUUUCAGAUGAUUUGCUAUUGAGCUGUUUCGCACGCGUAUCGAGAUGGUACUACCCGACUCUCUCCUUAGUCUCCAAGAGCUGUCGAUCCCUCGUUGCUUCACCGGAGCUUUACAAGACUCGCUCUUUGUUAAACCACAGGGAGAGUUGUCUCUACGUGUGCUUACAGUUCCCUCCUGACCCUCACCCACGUUUGUUCACUCUCAGCCAAAAACCUAAUCGAACCCUAACCAACAUCCCCAAGAAGAAGAAUAAGAAGUCAACUGCACAUGUUUUAGUUCCGGCCCCAGUUUCCAAUCCACCUCCUUUGGACAAUAAGGAUGUGGUGGCUGUUGGCUCUAAUAUAUAUGCCAUUGGCGGAACCAUUGAGAACGCACCCUCGUCUAGCGUCUCAAUCCUGGACUGCCUGUCUCAUACCUGGCACGAGGCUCCAAACAUGCGGAUGGAGCGGAAUUACCAAGCUGUUAAUGUCGUUGAUGGCAAAAUUUAUGUAGCUGGAGGCUUGAAAGACUUCACUUCUUCAAAUUGGAUGGAGGUUUUCGAUCAAAAUACUCAAACUUGGGAGCCUGUCUCGAGCCCUCUAGAUAAGAGAUGUAGUGAUAUCUACAAGAGCUUAGUGAUUGACGGAGAUAUCUACCUGUUUGGGGAUGAUGUUGUGGCUUACAAGCCAAAAGAAGAUAGAUGGAUAGCGAUUACAGAAAAGCAUCUGAAUUUUCAAAUAGCAUGGUUUCAGCAUUCUUAUUGCGUGAUUGAUAACGUAAUGUAUUGUUAUCGUCCAGCAGGUGGAGUCCUAUGGUAUGACUCUAAGCUAAGAUGCUGGAAUAAACUGAAGGGUCUUCAACGUUUGCCUAAUUUUGCUAGUCAUAGUACUGUUGAAUUAGUUGAUUGUGGUGGUAAGCUUGUUGUUCUGUGGGACAAGUAUGUGCGUGCAAGUGGGUACAAGGAGAAGGUGAUUUGGUGUGCAGAGAUUUCACUUGAAAAACGCAACAGUCAAGAGAUUUGGGGGACAAUCGAGUGGUCCGAUGCGGUUCUUACAGUCCCUAAGUCUUAUAACUUCGUGUCUGCUAUUUCCGCUACUGUUUGACAGGUUAGAACGUAAUGAAUCUGGUUAUGUUAUAUGUCACUUAUGAAGGAGUUUUUAGCGUAAUGCAAUUAUCAUGUCUUUGCCUACAAAGCA